AUGACCUUUCUAGAAGAUACUUUAAUUAUCUUGAUUUCACAGACUAUUUUCUUUGUGGGUGGUUGGAUAUUUUUUGUGAAGCAGCUCUUCCGUGAUUAUGAGGUUCAUCAUACCCUCGUUCAGCUUAUAUUCUCUGUUACCUUUGCGCUUAGUUGUACCAUGUUUGAGCUAAUUAUAUUUGAAAUUAUAGGAUAUUUAGAUUCUAGCUCUAGAUAUUUCCAUUGGAACUUAGGACUUUACUCAUUGCUGUUUAUGGUAAUAGCACUAAUACCAUUUUACAUUGCGUACUUUUGCAUCAGCAACAUAAGAUUUGUGUCACGGAAUAUAAUACGUCCACUAACAAUGUUUGUUUGGUUUAUAUAUCUGUAUUUCUUCUGGAAAAUUGGAGACCCCUUUCCAAUUUUAAGUCCAAAACAGGGCAUAUUUUCAAUAGAGCAAGGAGUUUCUCGUAUCGGUGUCAUAGGUGUAACCGUAAUGGCCUUGUUGUCUGGUUUUGGUGCUGUCAACUAUCCUUACACAUCAAUGGCCAUUUUUUUAAGACCAGUUACACAAGCUGAUGUACUCUCAAUAGAGAAGAAACUGCUGCAGACUAUGGACAUGAUAUUGGUGAAAAAGAAAAGGAUAGCAUUAGCAGAGGCCAACAGCAUGAGCGGAAGAACGCAAUAUAAUUUGUUGGAUCAAUCCGGCGUGAAAAAUCGAGGAUUUUGGACGAAUAUUCUCUCCAGUGUUGGCAGUAUUGCUAAUCCACUAAGUCAUGGAACGGAGAAUAUAAAUCAACUACGACAAGAGAUCGCUGGUCUAGAGGAGUUGAGUCGACAGCUUUUUCUCGAAGCGCAUGACGCUCGGACUAUGCGAGAGAAGAUAGAGUGGUCUAAGACAUUCCAAGGGAAAUAUUUCAAUUUCCUUGGUUACUUCUUCUCGUUGUACUGCAUAUGGAAGAUCUUCAUUUCAACCAUAAACAUAGUUUUCGACCGCGUGGGCAAGAAAGACCCCGUGACUCGCGGUCUCGAGAUCGUGGUCCACUGGCUCGGUCUCAGCAUCGACGUCGCGUUCUGGUCUCAACACGUCUCCUUCAUGCUGGUUGGGUGUAUAGUGCUUACUAGUAUUAGAGGGUUGUUGCUCACACUUACUAAGUUCUUCUACAAAAUCUCGUCAUCGAAAUCGUCGAAUAUCAUAGUGCUUAUACUAGCUCAGAUAAUGGGCAUGUAUUUCUGUUCGUCCGUCCUGUUGAUGCGGAUGAACAUGCCACCGGAGUACCGCAUCAUAAUAACACAAGUCCUAGGGGAUCUACAAUUUAACUUUUACCACAGAUGGUUCGACGUUAUUUUCUUAGUCAGCGCACUAACUAGUAUUUUCACUCUGUACCUAGCCCAUAAACAACCUUCUGUUAGCUAG